AUGCAGCUUAUCCCAGUAUCUGGCUUCUGUGAAGAUGCUUUAUCCCAGUUAGAGAAAAAUUUGACAGCAACUACAGCUUCACAUAACUAUGAGCAGAUGAUGCCAGCUGCUGAUGCCUCAGCUGAGACUUUUGUUGCAGCAGGCAGCAAUUGCAAUUGCACCGAGACUUCGUACCGCGAGCGUUUUCUUGCAAGUAUCCUAACCAAGCAGCAAUUGCAAUUGCACAGAGACUUCGUACCGCGAGCGUUUUCUUGCAAGUAUCCUAACCAAGUUUCAUUUGAUUUGGUAGAAAAGUACCCAGAUGAUUGA